UUAAAACACACACACAUUGAAAUACAGACAAACAAAUUAAAACACACAAAUCGAAAUACGGACACAAAUUAAAACACACAAAUUGAAAUACAGACACAAACCGAAAUAUGGACACACAAAUUAAAACACACACACAUAUUGAAAUACAGACACACAAACUAAAACACACACACAAAUGGAAAUACGGACACACAAAUUAAAACACACACAAAUUGAAAUACAGACACACAAAUCCAAAUACGGACACACAAAUUUUCCUGAGGGAACUCUCCUGAAGGAAUCAAUAAAGUACUAUCUAUCUAUCUAUUAAAACACACACAAAUUGAAAUACAGACACACAAAUUACAACACUCACACAAAUAAACGAACGGACACACAAAUUAAAACAUACAAAAAUUGAAAUAAAGACAUACAAAUUAAAACACACACAAAUCAAAAUACAGACACACUAAUUAAAACACACAAAAAUCGAAAUACGGACACACAAAUUAAAACACACACACACAUAUUGAAAUACAGACAAAAACAAAUUAAAUCACACAAAUCAAAAUACGGACACACUAAUUAAAACACACAAAUCGAAAUACAGACACACAAAUUAAACACACAAAUCAACAUACGGACACACAAAUAAAAACACACACAAACCGAAAUACGGACACACAAAUUAAAACACACACACAUAUUGAAAUACAGACACACAAACUAAAACACACACACAAAUUGAAAUACGGACACACAAAUUAAAACACACAAAUUUAAAUACAGACACACAAAUUAAAACACACAAAUCCAAAUACGGACACACAAAUUUUCCUGAGGGAACUCUCCUGAAGGAAUCAAUAAAGUACUAUCUAUCUAUCUAUUAAAACACACACAAAUCGAAAUACGGACACACAAAUUACAACACUCACACAAAUCGACAAACGGACACAAAUUAAGGCACACAAAAAUUGAAAUAAAGACACACAAAGUAAAACACACAAAUCGAAAUACGGACACACAAAACACACACAAAAAUCAAAAUACGGACACACAAAUUAAAACACACACACAAAUUGAAAUACAGACAAAUUAAAACACACACACAAAUCAAAAUACGGACACACUAAUUAAAACACACAAAUCGAAAUACGGACACACAAAACACACACAAAAAUCGAAAUACAGACACACAAAUUAAAACACACACAAAUGGAAAUAAGGACAAGCAAGUGCGCCACCUGCUGGAGAAGGUGCUGAACAUGAGCCGGUCCAUCGAAGUCCUGGACCAGCGCACGCGGCGAGACCUGCAGAUGGUGGAGAAGAUGGAGGCGGAGCUAAAAGGCUUGGAGAACAAGUUCAAGCAGGUGGAGGAGGGGCAUGAGAGCAACGCGGCCCGGCAGUACCAGUCCAUCAAGGUGAAGAUGGAGGAGCUGCGGCCGCUCAUCCCGCUGCUGGAGGCCUACAAGGCGGACGCCCUGCUGGUCAGACGCUUCAAGGAGGAGGCGGCCAACGUGACGGCGCUGCUGCAGGACCAGCUGGGAGCCCUGGACUACCAGGACCUGCACGGCCGCGUGGCGAGCCUGGAGGAGCGGCUGAGGGCCUGCAUGCAGCGGCUAGCUUGCGGGAAGCUGACCAGGAUCGCGGAGCCGGUCACCAUCAAGACCUCGGGGUCCAGGUUCGGCUCGUGGAUGACGGACCCGCUGGCGCCGGCAGGGGACAACCGGGUGUGGUACAUGGACGGUUACCAUAACAACCGCUUCGUCCGGGAGUACAAGUCCGUGCAGGACUUCAUGACGAGCGACAACUUCACCUCGCACCGCCUGCCCCACCCCUGGUCCGGGACGGGUCAGGUGGUCUACAACGGCUCGCUGUUCUUCAACAAGUUCCAGAGUCACACGCUGAUCAAGUUCGACUUGAGGUCGUCGCUCAUCAGCCGCUCGCGCCAGCUGGACUUCGCCGGCUACAACAACAUGUACCACUACUCCUGGGGGGGGCACUCCGACAUCGACCUGAUGGUGGACGAGGGCGGGCUGUGGGCCGUCUACGCCACCAAUCAGAACGCGGGGAACAUCGUGCUCAGCCAGCUGGACCCCGACAGUCUGCAGGUGGUCCGCAGCUGGACCACCAACCAUCCCAAGCGCAGCGCCGGCGAGGCCUUCAUGAUCUGCGGGACUUUGUACGUCACCAACGGCUACUCGGGCGCCACCAAGGUGUACUACGCCUUCGCCACCAACUCCUCCACCUACGAGUACAUCGACGUCCCCCUCGGCAACACCUAUGGUCACCUGUCCAUGCUGGACUACAACCCCCGAGACCGGGCGCUCUACGCCUGGAACAAUGGCCGCCAGGUCCUCUACAAUGUCACGCUCUACCACAUCAUACAGUGACACGCUAUGGCGUCAUCGUCACGCCCUGCCACAUCAUACAGUCACACGCUGUGAUGUCAUCAUCACGCUCUACCACAUCAUACAGUGACACGCUAUGGCGUCAUCGUCACGCCCUACCACAUCAUACAGUCACCAGUCACACGCUGUGAUGUCAUCAUCACGCUCUACCACAUCAUACAGUGACACGCUGUGAUGUCAUCGUCACGUCACACUCUACCACAUCGUACAGUGACACACUAUGAUGUCAUCACGCCCUACCACAUCAUACAGUGACACGCUGUGAUGUCAUCGUCACGCUCUGCCACUUCAUACAGUGACACACUAUGAUGUCAUCAUCACGUCACACUCUACCACAUCAUACAGUGACACACUAUGAUGUCAUCACGCCCUACCACAUCAUACAGUGACAUGCUGUGAUGUCAUCGUCACGCUCUACCACUUCAUACAGUGACACACUAUGAUGUCAUCAUCACGCCCUACCACAUCAUACAAUGACACACUAUGAUGUCAUCAUCACGCCCUACCACAUCAUACAAUGACACACUAUGAUGUCAUCAUCACGUCACACUCUACCACAUCAUAGUGACACACUAUGAUGUCAUCAUCACGCUCUACCACAUCAUACAAUGACACACUAUGAUGUCAUCAUCACGCUCUACCACAUCAUACAGUGACACACUAUGAUGUCAUCGUCAUGUCACGCUCUACCACAUCAUACAGUGACACACUAUGAUGUCAUCAUCACGCCCUACCACAUCAUACAGUGACACACUAUGAUGUCAUCAUCACGCCCUACCACAUCGUACAGUGACACGCUGUGAUGUCAUCGUCAUGUCACGGGGCGGUAUAGCUCGGUUGGUAGAGCGGCCGUGCCAGCAACUUGAGGGUUGCAGGUUCGAUCCCCGCUUCCGCCAUCCUAGUCACUGCCGUUGUGUCCUUGGGCAAGACACUUUACCCACCGUGCUCCCAGUGCCACCCACACUGCUUUAAAUGUCACUUAGAUAUUGGCUUCCACUAUGUAAAGCGCUUUGAGUCACUUGCGAAAAAGCGCUAUAUAAAUGUAAUUCACUUCACUUCACGCUAUACCACAUCAUACAGUGACACCCUAUGACGUCAUCGUGUCACACUAUGAUGUCAUCAUCACGUCACACUGUACCACAUCAUACAGUGACAUGCUAUGAUGUCAUCAUCACGUCACACUGUACCACAUCAUACAGUGACAUGCUAUGACAUCAUCAUGUCACACUCUACCACAUCAUACAGUGACAUGCUAUGAUGUCAUCAUCACGUCACACUGUACCACAUCAUACAGUGACAUGCUAUGAUGUCAUCAUCACGUCACACUCUACCACAUCAUACAGUGACAUGCUGUGAUGUCAUCGUCAUGUCACGCUCUACCACAUCAUACAGUGACAUGCUAUGACAUCAUCAUCACGUCACACUCUACCACAUCAUACAGUGACAUGCUAUGACGUCAUCAUCACGUCACACUGUACCACAUCAUACAGUGACAUGCUAUGUCAUCAUGUCGUCACACUCUACCAAAUCACACAGUGACACGCUAUGAUGUCAUCAUCACGUCACACUCUACCACAUCAUACAGUGACAUGCUAUGAUGUCAUCAUCACGUCACACUCUACCACAUCAUACAGUGACAUGCUAUGACGUCAUCAUCAUGUCACACUCUACCACAUCAUACAGUGACAUGCUAUGACGUCAUCAUCACGUCACACUCUAACACAUCAUACAGUGACAUGCUAUGAUGUCAUCAUCACGUCACACUGUACCAUAUCAUACAGUGACAUGCUAUGAUGUCAUCAUCAUGUCACACACUACCACAUCAUACAGUGACACGCUAUGACGUCAUCAUCACGUCACACUACCACAUCAUACAGUGACAUACUAUGUCAUCAUCACGUCACACUGUACCACAUCAUACAGUGACAUGCUAUGAUGUAAUCAUCACGUCACACUCUACCACAUCAUACAGUGACAUGCUAUGAUGUCAUCAUCAUGUCACACACUACCACAUCAUACAGUGACACGCUAUGACGUCAUCAUCACGUCACACUACCACAUCAUACAGUGACAUGCUAUGUCAUCAUCACGUCACACUGUAUCACAUCAUACAGUGACAUGCUAUGAUGUAAUCAUCACGUCACACUCUACCACAUCAUACAGUGACAUGCUAUGAUGUCAUCAUCACGUCACACUGUACCACAUCAUACAGUGACAUGCUGUGAUGUCAUCAUCACGUCACACUCUACCACAUCAUACAGUGACAUGCUGUGAUGUCAUCGUCAUGUCACGCUCUACCACAUGACACAGUGAAACGCUAUCACGUCAUUGUGUCGAGCUCUACCACAUUACACAGUGACAUGCUAUGAGGUCAUCAUCGUGUCUCGCUCUACCACAUCAAAUGUUACAUGGUAUGAUGUCAUGAUCACGUCACAGCGUCACUAUGUCACGCUCUACCACAUUGUACACUGGCACAUUAAAAUGUUAUCAUCGCAGCACGCUCUAACACAACAUAGAGUGUCAUGCUAUGAUGUCAUCAGCACGUCACGCUCCACCACAUGUAAGAGUACCUCGCUAUGAUGUCAUCAUCACGUCAUGACAUCAUCACGCCACGCUCUGACGUCUGCCCUUGCACACCAUAUAGGGAGAUAUUAUGAUGUCGUCAUCACGUCAUGGCAUCCACUAGUGACGUGAUUGCGUCACGCUCUAACACAUCACAUAUUAGCCCAUGGUCACAUGACUCUGACAUUCCAUAAACAUUUAGUGAGAUUUUUGUACACAUUACGGUCACGUGACUGGGUGGUGUCACGUGCGUGAAGUUAGCACUAAAAGUGUGUGUGUGUGCGCGCGCGCGUGCGUGUGUGUGUGUGAAAUAACGACUAGCUAGCAGCAAUACAAAUGUUUCCAAUUGAAUCUUUGCGAACAACGCUGGACCUGCCAAGGUCACGUGUUCAUUCAGGAAGUACUUAUAUGGUCAUUGUUAGUGUAACCAACGAUUUAUAACUUAUUCUCUUAGUGACAACUCUUUUUCUAUUCGACUUGUCAGCUGAAAAGUGCGUGGAAUAAAGUUCAAUAAUCAA